GACGACAACCCUCGCGCGAGACCUUCCGUAUCCCCCUUCGCUCUGUAAUCAUGGCCACCCAACUCGGCACGGAGUUGCUUGCACAAAUCUGUGGUAAACUCCUCGACGAUGUCGAUGGACAGCAAGCUGUGCCCGCUCUCGCGCGGACGUGCCGGGCAUUCUUCGAGCCAGCCGUCGACACCAUCUGGCGUGGGGUCACUUCGCUCGCGUUGCUGGCAUUUCUCUUGCCUUCAGACGCAUGGAAGAUAGGAGAUAAACCCAAACGCAACCGAAUCAUAUCAUUUCAACGCGUACUCCUGCCCUCCGAUUUUGCCCGCUUUCAAGUCUACGGUCACCGAGUGAGGGCUUUUGGCGCAUAUAAUGGCAGCAUCUAUCGUUUGGGACGCAAGUACAAGCUGUCUAGAGGUGCCCUGGCAGCGCUGUACGAGGCCCGACCUACUCCCCCCCUCUUUCCGAACCUAGAUUGGGCAGAUCUGAAUCAAGACCUUGCCCCGUAUGUGUCUAUGUUGUACUGCCCGCACAUACGCGCCGUGACCAUCCGCAUGUUCAUCGCGCGGGGCGAAGAUCCCAAGACCCAGGCCUUGCUGCGGAUACCUACCGACUGUCCCCAAUUGACCAGCCUAACUAUAUACUGCAAUCCGUUGGACAAACAGGUCUCAGACAUGAUGAAGAAGGCAGUGUCCGCUCUGCCCAAUCUCACACUCUUCGCGCUGCAUGAAGCCCCGAUAUCGAUUGCCACUCUGGAGGUCCUGGCCAAUUUUGCCAACCUAGCCCACCUGCGCAUAGCCCUACACAAGGACAGUGACCCGUCGGGAGUGUCCACCAAUUCAGAUUCGAAGGUCUUGGGGUUUAAUUCCUUACGAGAGCUUUCUCUAAACGUCAACACUCUCGAGCAUGCGACGCAUUUCCUCUCAUGCGUGACCUCACCUCGCCUUGUCAUGCUGGUGAUAUCCUACGACACCCUAGCAACAGCACAUGAGACAGAGGCGCUAUUCAAGGAAAUCGAAUCCCAUCUGAAGCUAUGCUCCCUACAAGUCUCUAUCCGCCCCGGUACACCUAAUAAUUUGCCUCUCGACUUGCCAUCGCGGACGCUCACGGACAUCACGCUCCUCCCACUACUCGUACUCCGCAGCUUGCGCGUUCUGACUUUGCACGGCUUCCCCAUCGACAUCAACGAUGUUAUGCUCGAGGCAAUGGCCGUCGCGUGGCCUGAGCUCUCCCGCUUUUCGCUCGGUGUCGACAUGCGAUGGGGCGCGGAGCUUCCCCCGCGCGCGACCAUUCUCGCCUUGAUCCCGUUCAUCCGCCAUUGCCCAAAGAUCUGGUCUAUAGGAUAUCGGAUGAAGACGGACGUCCUCUCGAGAGACGGGGAUCCUCUCCUCGGAUUCAGCCGCAUCGGCAAAGGCGUUGUAACGAACAAGGAAAUGGAGUUCAACAUUGGGGACUCACCGAUCCACGACCCGAUCGAAGUGGCCUCUUUCCUCUCCGAUAUCUGCCCUGGUCUGUGGUACAUUGGCAGCUUGUGGAGGGACGGAAACGAUGUUGACGAGGAUGAGGAGGGAGGCGAAGAGGAUGAUGAUGAUGGAGAAAUGUAUGGUAGGUGGGACAUGGUGACGCAGUAUCUGCCGCACUUCGCGAAGGUGAGGAUGCAGGAGCGGAAUUGCCCGUGACACGUCAACUGGGCCGCCCCGUCGCUGGAAGCUUGGUUGCGAACUAGGCUGCUAUUGUGAAUUGCUUGUCAAACAUUGUAUCUCCAUGUACUAUAGCAUUGGCAAUCGUGAAACAGACUUGAUGGUAGAGUAUAUGAGAACCAUGCCGACUGACGCACGC